CUCUCGCUCUCACACUGUGACAAGCACACCUAAAGGCAAACCACUACCUCCAUUUCAAACAAAAAUGCCUGCAGACUACAAUGGACGUUGGGAGAUGGUGACCAACGACAAUUUUGAGGAUGUCAUGAAGGCCCUUGAUAUCGACUUUGCCACCAGAAAGAUAGCCUCCCACCUGCAUCAGACGAAAGUGAUUGUCCAGAACGGAGACAAGUUUGAGACGAAGACUGUGAGCACCUUCAGAAACUACGAGGUCAACUUCACCGUGGGAGAGGAAUUUGAGGAGCACACAAAGGGCCUGGACAACCGGAAGGUCAAGACUCUGGUUACCUGGGAUGGGGACAAGCUGAUAUGUGUUCAGAAAGGGGAGAAAGAAAACCGUGGCUGGAAACAUUGGAUCGAGGGAGACCUGCUACACCUGGAAAUCACUGUGCUCGACAAAAUCUGCCACCAAGUAUUUAAGAAGGCCCAAUAAGAUGGAGAUUAAAACUGUCUAUUGUGUGUUUCUGCAUGUUUCUGCCUAUUUAUAAUGUAAUUGUGAAAACCUGUAAUGGCUUGAUUUAAUAUCUUUUAAUUAUGUUUUUUAAUUAAAAUAUGUCAGACAAUUGUA